AAAUGCGUAGAUAGCCAAAAAUACCAGGAGUGAACGGGAGAAUACGGGAGAAUUCCACUGUAUCUAAAACCAAAAAGUAAUUAUUACUGCUCAAGAGUUUCAGGAUCAGACUCGGAACUCAGAACUCAGAAGCUUCAAAUUGUUCAUUGCUCGACUCGAAGACGAAAAGGAGCAAAUGUUAACGCGAAUACUUUCUUCUCCGGCGGUUUCUCUGGCCGGACCUCUUCCGUGGCGCUGGUCUACACUUCCGGUCCUACUCGACUCUCAGACGUCACUCGUUUCUUCCCUAUCCCUUGCCAUCAAAACCCGCAUUGUAUCCUUCUCUUCCAGUCCUCUAGGUUCAGCAGAAUCCGGCGAUGUAAUCCCUAAAGAAUCGUCAAAGCGUGGUCCUCUGGAACCUGGAUUAUAUCUGGUAGGAACACCAAUUGGUAACCUUGAAGAUAUCACUUUAAGGGCUCUCCGUGUUUUAAAAUCAGCUCAUGUGAUACUUUCAGAAGACACCAGACAUUCAGGGAAGCUUUUACAUCAUUACAAUAUAGCAACUCCUCUUUUAAGCUAUCAUAAAUUCAAUGAAUCUCAAAGAGAACAAACGGUGUUAAGGAGGUUGAAGGAAGGUGAGAUUGUUGCACUGAUUAGUGAUGCAGGGACACCAGGUAUCAGUGAUCCUGGUACCGAAUUGGCUAAGCUAUGCAUCAAUGAGAAUAUUCCUGUCAUUCCCAUUCCUGGACCAUCUGCUUUCGUGGCUGCUCUUUCUGCCUCUGGUCUGGCCACUGAUGAGUUUACAUUUGUUGGGUUUCUUCCCAAACACACCAGCUCUAGAAAGGAGAGGCUAAUGAUUUCUGCAAAUGAAGCAACAACACAGAUAUUCUAUGUACCUCCACACAAGCUUCUUCAAUUUCUUGAAGAGACUUCUGUACUGUUCAGUGAUUCAAGAAGAUGUGUCAUAGCUCGUGAAAUAACCAAACUACAUGAACAGUUUUGGCGGGGUACAUUAGGGGAAGCAAAAGAGGCAUUUUCUGUUCAUAAGCCAAAGGGUGAGAUUACUUUGUUAAUUGAGGGAAAGGCAAAUCCUACCAUCGAAACUCCAUCAGACUGUGAGCUUGAGAAAGAAUUAAGCAAUCUGAUCUCCAAUGGUCAUAGUCUUUCUACAGCCGUCAAAUUAGUGGCUGGUGGAACAUCAAUGAAAAAGAAAACUGUAUAUUCCAUUGCAUUGAGAAAAUUUGGGAAGCAACUUGAGUUUGAGGAGGAGAAUGUUCAUCUGGAUUCAUGCAAACCAGAGUGAGAUAGCUUACACAUUUAAAAGUGGAAGAGGUAUAUAUAUCUUAACACACCCAACAAAUUUUGGUUCUCAUGAUAAAUUGCUCUUGCAUCAAUAUUACUUAUACCUCUCUUCAUCUUUUGCAACUCUUGACUAUUCAAGUUUAGUAUUGGUUACUACUGGUAUUCAAAGUGGAGAGGUUUCAGAGUGAAAUCCAGAUUUUAAGUAAUUUUUCUGGAAGUUGAUGUCCUACUUCAGUAGAUAAUAGCUCCAUGGUUACGAGGCCGCAAUACCGUCUUCUCCGGUUCAGAAUACAACACGCCCAGCAGCAACGUAGAGCGUUGUUCUUUCCAUCAUCCACAUUAUUUUCCAUGCCUUCAGAAUAUUGAAUUUGGGAUUUGAGUCGUUCUCUCUUUCUCUUUCGUAAAAUGGAGAAGUUGGCUUUCUCUGCCUGCCUAUCAUUAUUCUGCUGUUAGAUACAUUAGGAUUGAUUCAUCAACAUGCCCAUGGACUUGGUUAAAUUCAAUAGUACCACAACCCACAACGAGGAGCAUGGACUGGUUCACCAAAAUACAAGUGCACUUCUCUUCAGUACUAAAGAGAAGUGCCCAUGGACUGGUUCAACGAGGAGCAUGGACUGGUUCACCAAAAUACAAGUGCACUUCUCUUCAGUACUAAAGAAUCAAGGACAAGGUUUUCCUCCCUUGAAGAUUUCCAUUUUUUCGGUGGAUUUUGUUUGAGACUUAAAAAUCCCUUAUAUUUUUUUAAUAAUUAAUCAAUUUUUCCCUCC